AAGUACUUGGUUUGUUGUAGUUUUCUGUUAAGUAUUUGAGGAUCUGCCGUCAGCACAACAGUCAUCCUUAGCAGUGAAGAAUGGGAGGGGAAAAAAAGCACGUGUACUGGGCGUUUCUUGAGUUAAUCCAGAGCCCAAUCGCGGAGCGGGAUUUUUGAAUAAAUCUGCAUUUUUAAAAUCGGCCCAAUCCCCGAGUGCUGAUUGGUUAAGAGGAAUAGAAGCGGCCAAUCGCUUAAAUGACAGGCGCUCAGCUGGCCGUGAAGCCCCGCCUCCUAUAUAUUAACUGGAAAACCCCGGAAACGUUGUCGCUUAAAGGGACAGGAGGAAUUUCAGGCGAAGGUUGAAACAACGAAAACAGCUGCGAGCACAAAAAAGACAGGCACAGAAAGGAAGGGACGUAGACAGCCACCAAGCAAGCAAGCUAUGUGGCAAGACGAGACUGGAACUGUCCAUUUAUUCUACGCAUCGGACAUCCGGAGCAAAGGCGGCUAACACUUUUUAGCUUCGAAGUCGAUUUUCGCCCACAUAACGUUAGCUACCUGGAAUCCGAUAACGCAGCAGUCAGCACGGAAGAGAGAUAACAAAAAGGCCAAACUCCCAGACGACAGGAACGCGUCAGUGCAGACUGUUUGCCCCCCUGAGUCCACUUUUUUUUUGUUAGGAGGAAGGAAGCAAAGAGAGACAACAAACCGGAGUGUCGAGAGAAAGCAACAGGGCAGUCUGACCCAGUGGAAGGGGAGAGACAGAAAAAGGCAGCAGAGUCACCUAUCCAGCAACCAGACGAAAUAGAGGAAGGAAGGGGAGACAAAGAAUGAGGCGGUGAGAUAAACUCCAUCUUUCUAAGAGGGGAAUCUGGGUGGAAUGACCCUGUCAUGAUGCCUCAGCCAUGCCACACCCCACGCUCAGGUGACCAAGGAGGGCGUGUCUGGCUGUCAGCCAAUCACAGAGGGAGCCCCAGUAGAGUUGCGUCCGAUUCUAGUGCAGAAACAAUUCCUCUCAACAGCCUCCUGCAUUACUGACACUCCGCCCCUCUGGUCAUAGCCCCUGUGCCCACCUCCUUCACUCCUACUUCUCUGGAGUCGCUACUGUUUCCUGAUUACCUGUCUUGGGAUGUUGGUGUUGUUUUGUGGCAGCUGCCAUGGAGAUAGACAGGGUGCUUUACUAGGCCAUUUUAGACAUGACCUCCAGAUGUUGUGCCAGAUGCAGCUUGUCCACACGGGCAUCCAAGGACGGGCACAGAGGUGCUGUGCGGCUCAGCUUCCUGUUUCACACUGUUUGACAAUAUCACAACAGGAACUAUAGGACUUCCUAUUCCUCUGGAACAUCUUGCUCUGCCUCCUGGCACUUGUGAGGACCUACUUGACCUUUUGCACAAAAGUUAGUCAAGUUUCUUAUCCUCCAGCAUAGAAACCAUGCGGCACAUUCACGUGGAACUAGCCCACAAAAAGGCUCCAUUAGAGCUUCCAGCCCAGGAGGGGGACCUGCCUCCACCUGCAGCCCCAGCACAGGGCUUAGAACCUGGGGUAAGACCGGGAGCACCUAGACACAUUGGCCAGGAGGAGUUGCGGCUCCAAAAGGUCUACCAGCUCUCCAUUUUCUCCCAGUUGGGGGGAUUUUCUACCUCCACAGAAUCCAACACUGAUGCCCAACAGAGGCCUGUCCGGUUGGGUGUGAAAAGGGGGCUAGAGGAGCCCCAGGUGACUCAUAAGCGCCCUUACCUGGGAGACUCGUCAGACAGGGAGGCACUGGAGGGAGGGGUGCUGUGUGGGCCAGCCCCAGCUCAAGGUGUUGGGAAGGGGUUAGCGAUGGGCCCCGGUGGGCCUGGUUCUGUAUACUCUUGCACACAGAUGGAGCACAGAGACUCUGAGGGGGGUCUGUCACCCAGGUCUCCACCCCUCUCCCCAAGCCACAACCCCUCCCGACGGCCAACUCAGCACAAUCAUGAUAAGCCCAUUCCUGAUGUAUUUGCUCCACUCUCACCUAAAUCACCCCCAAUGUGUGACCCACAUGGGCAUCUCUGUGACCAGGGCCAUUCCCUCGGAAGCUUAGCCAGGACUGAGCCUCCUAAUGGAGGCCGCACACCCACCUACUCACUAGGUAGCCCUGGAAACGAGAGCUGUACUAAUGGCUCGUCUGGAGGCCAGCCCAGCCCCCAUUUAUAUGAAAUGUCCACAUAUGAGACUCCCAACCCUGCUAGUCCCACCAGCCCUCCGGGCCCUUUCUCCCCCCCACAUCACACAGAGCUGCAGGAACCAGGGGAGGCCACCGAAUGGGACGUUGGACUUGAAUCCUCCCCACCUGAGCGAAGUGCCACCCAGGCUGCCUCUUCCUCCUCUAACGGACUUGCUUCCUGGGAGAAAACGCCCAGCAGUAAUGGCCACCGACUAUCCUCUGGAGGCCACUGGCCGGCCAAAAAGAGGCUGCUGUCCCCAAGCGACACAGGGGAGUCCUGUUCGGAAGAUGAGGGACCUUCCACAUCCAAGAGAAGCAGGCUGUCAUUGCUGGCUCCAGGACUUGGCCCUGCCUCAUGUCGCAGCACUGAUGCUAAAGCUGCCCCUUAUUGGAACCACCUGCUGCCCUCUGCAUGGGACCGGACUAAGACCUCCACAGACUGCACUAGAUCAGGGCGACGACUAAAGAGUGGGCUGCGGUUGAAAAGUCGGCAGCUGCGCAGCGGCAGGCACACAGACACCGGUCGCUCCGCGCGUUCCAGCUGGCCCUCAUCUUCCAUCAGCAGAUCACUACUUGGCAACUUUGAGGAGUCCAUACUGAAGGGACGAUUCUCCCCGUCUGGCCGGAUCGAAGGCUUCACGGCGGAGAUUGGCGCCAGCGGCUCCUAUUGCCCACAGCACGUCACCCUGCCUGUGCAGGUUACGUACUACGACAUCUCGGAGCACAGCGCACCCUCACCCUUCCUGGGGGUGAUUUCUCUUGAGCCUCUUGGAAAGAAAGGAUACAGCAUACCCAAAGCAGGGACCAUUCAAGUGACCUUAUUUAAUCCCAACAAAACUGUGGUGAAGAUGUUCCUGGUGACCUACAACUUUGGCGACAUGCCUGUCAAUCACAUGACCUUCCUGCGCCACCGUAUCUUCCUGGUGCCUGUGGAGGAGGGGGUUGAAGGGAAAGGCGAGGAGUCUCCAGGGGGCGGAGCGCUAGACAGGAAGAAGAUUCUCUGCUACCUGAUACAUCUCAGAUUCCAGAGCUCCAAAUCUGGGAAGAUCUACUUGCACAAUGAUAUCCGGCUGCUAUUCUCCCGCAAAUCCAUCGAAGUGGACACGGGGAUCCCUUAUGAGCUGAAAUCUUUCACCGAGGUGCCAAGAAACCCUAAAUACUCCCCCCGCGUGUGACCCCAGCUUGACCCUUCGACCCUCCCCAAUGUCAACGCAGCCCCUCCUGUGCUUCCUGGAAGGGAGGGAAGGAAACAAACAGACUGCUAGAAUGACGGACACAAAACUUGAUAAGACUGGAUGAGACAUGCCACAUGCUCACAAGACACACGUGCACAUAUGAUACAAUGUCGGUCAUUGGAAAAGUCCCCCUUUUAAUGCAUUUAUUCUCCACUGAAAAUUCAGAUACAGAUACAAAAUGUCCCUCAACCAAACAUGGCAUUCCUUGUACCUUCCGUUCCCUAAAAAUAUUGGAAAUAUUUUUGUAGGAGCUGUCUAGCAUGCAGGCAAUCAAAAGCAGGACUUUUUCAACACCUUCAUCUGAACAAAGAAAGAAAUGCACCAACACUGACUCACACACCAAAACAGACCGACAAGACUCAUGCGCAGCACAUACUACACACGGCACGGCUGAAAAACUUCUGGCGGCGACUGAGUUCAGUGUUAACAUGCAUGCCUUGUGACUUAAACACACGAAUUUUCCUCUAGUGCCGUAUCACACUGUCCUUCACUCUGCCUGCAGCUCCAACCGGCUCGUUGAACCAUUAAUUUCCACGGGUUUGGAUUUGACAAAAGCCACAAUCAAUAAGCACAUCCCCGAUUGCAGGGUGAAUAAGAUGAUAGCCCCCCCACCCUUCACACACUCGCACACUUUCUGACCAAACACUAGUGAAAGCGAGGGCUGAUCUAGAAUCAGCCAUCUUGAAUGGAUGUCUUGUCAUUUAACACACAAUAAAAACCACACCAACACGAUUUGACCAAACUCAGGACAUCUGUGGAAGAAUAAAUUUCUCUUCUUACCAUUUCACUUACCACGGUACAGACCACUGUGUAGACUUCAAGCCAGGAGGGUCAUAAAACGUCAUGAAAAUUAGAGGAAUGCGUUUCAUUUUAUGUAGCCAGACUGAGGGACACUGUGCUGUUUUCUUUUUUUUUUUUUUUUUCAUUUCUUUUUUUUAUUCUGUUCAGAACAGUCUGAUGUUGGAGCAGAAAAUGACAAAAAAAAAA